AUGCUGGAACCAGAACAUGGCCCUGUAAUCCAGGAGGAGGUGGAGCACAGCCAUGUGAGGUGUUGGGUGUGUGUGCUGAGCUGCCUCCUGCUCGCCUGUCUGUACGUUGGCAGUUUGUACAUCUGGAGAAGCAGCUUACCCAGGGAUCAUCCCAGUGUGAUAAAGCGUCGCUCUGCAAGUGUGUUGCUGGUCUCUGCGCUGUCACCUGCAGUGGUGAAAGCAUGGAUGCACUGGGCUGAUAUCAGGGUCAAUGCAUUCGUGUUGGAGUUGAUGGGCGUCCGAUUGGAGGGUCUUGUUCCCGCAGCCAUUCUUCCGCUAAUACUAACAAUGGCAUUUUAUCUGGGGCCUCUGGUACACUCUGCGAUGGACAACCCCAAAGGCUUCUCUGGGGAGUUGCAGUCUCUCCUAGAUGUGCAGUCCUGGAGGUGGUGUGUGAGAGAUGCAGUGUGGCUCAGGAACCAGCUGGUGGCUCCAGUGACGGAGGAGCUGGUGUUCAGAGGGGCCAUGCUGCCCAUGCUGGUGCCCUGCACUGGACCCACCGCUGCCAUCUUCAUCGCUCCGCUCUUCUUCGGAGUUGCCCAUUUCCAUCACAUCAUAGAGCAACGGCGCCUCCACAAGGACAGUAUGAGUAUCAUCCUAUUGGUAUCAGGGACGCAGUUCUUGUACACAACUUUGUUUGGUGCCUUCACUGCCUUUAUAUUUAUGAGAACUGGUCACAUUGUGGGUCCAGUUGUGUGCCAUGCGUUCUGUAACAGUCAGGGCCUGCCUGACCUAACCUCAGCCCUGCAACACCCCCAAAAAUCAGCCAUACUCCUCUCCUAUCUGGUGGGGCUGCUGCUGUUUCUGGUGCUUUUAUUCCCUUUGACAGACCCCUUUUUAUAUGGUCCAAUUCCCGUCUGCAGCCUGUCUGCCCCUGCAGCGUCUGCAUGCUAGAUUUAAUUAAAUUAAAUAU